CCCGCCCAACACGGGCUUGCCUGUGUCUUCUUAAGUUGACUCAUCACCUAGCUGCCCAAGCAGGUGUCUUGUGCAACCAAGCAGGGCUAUUGAGUGUGCCUGGAGAUCUGUAGUGGAACUCUUAUUCUGUUCUGCUACAACCAUGCUUCAAGAGCAAGCAAGUUGAAAGGGAAGCCCAGGCUGGUAGCCAUACUAAGUCAUUUUCUUUUGGAUGCUGUUUGGACAGCAGAAGCGGCCUCCCUUGAGGGACUCCUGCUCCCUCUCGGACUGAGCCUAGUGUCAUACAGGCAAGGCAGAUGCAGACAGCACACAGCCCACCCGCCUGCCCUCGUGCCCUGCAAUGCACACUCAUGCCCUGCAGUGUGCGCACAGUCUGGCUGGUGUUCCUGGAGCAUGGCUUAAAACGAUCAAAAGCUCUUAAGGCUUCCAAGAGCACUUUCCCCGUGUGCCUCCAGAUUUGGUUGGCCCCAGCCCAGGACUCAGUAGAAAGGAUUCUGUGGAGAAGAUGGUAUCUUGGUGAUGCCUUAACAAUAGGGAACGGAGUCAGGGUUUGCGUGGCACGCAGGGCUCUACAGCGCCUGCUCCAGCAAAAUUUGGUAGUGGAGAGCGAAUGGGCAGGAAGCGCAUCCCCAAGGGAGAUGGCUUGGGGAGGGCUGGCUGGCACCUCUCUUGAUCUCCCCCGCUUCAUUGUGUGGGGCUUUGUGUCCUACAGCCACUCUCUUGGUCUCUCAUUCUGGCUUGUGCGCAAAUAGCCAGCUCACAGGCAGGUGGGUUUGCAGCCCGGAAGCUAUAACGGGUGUCCCCUAACCUUUGUGCUAGUUUCCCUAUUGGUCAUGAAUGACCCUGUGGCCCUCCAGAUGUACUUCCCAUCAUCCCUGGGCAACAGCCACAUUGGCUGGGGCUGAUGGGAGCUGAAGUCCAGCGUCAUCCAAAGGACCAGAGUUUAGCUACCUCAGUCUGCAGGGUCUGGGCAAAUAAAGGCUUUUGUGGGUUUUUUGGUGUUCCCUGUCUUUGGGGUGCAUGUGAGGUUUGCCUUUGGACCCCCAAAACUCAGGUGUGUCUGCCUGUUUUGCCAGGCAGGCCCAAGAGGGCCGUGCAUGCAAGAGCUCUUCUGGUCUGGACUCGUGGUUGUGUGAACAGGGCAUUUUGUGACAGCGUUUCCUUCUGUCUCCUUCAGUGCAAAUGCUGAGAAAUGGCCAAUGAGAACCACGGCAGCUCUGGGGAAGAAGCUGCUCUGAUGAGCCACUCUCCCAGCACCUCCCACCAGAACCAGCCCAGCUCCCCCAAACCUGUCUGGCAGGUCCAGGAUUUGCCAGAUGAGCUGGUGCAGGCCGGCUGGGAGAAGUGCUGGAGCAAGCGGGAGAGCCGCCCGUACUUCUUCAACCGCUUCACCAACCAGUCGCUCUGGGAGAUGCCGCUCUUGGGGCAGCACGACGUCAUUUCUGACCCUCUGGGCCUGAACGCCACCCCGAUGCCCGCAGAAGGAGGAGUUGGCGAUGCGGCUGCUGCAGCUGCCGCCGCCGCCGCUGCUGCCGCCGCCGCCGCUGCUCCCACAACUUCUGAAAACAAGACGCGGAAGCGGAGACUCUCUGAGGAGGUUCAGCCCAGCGGCAACAGCGUGAAGAAGCCCAAGGUGGAUGUCCCGGCAAACGCCCCAACUCAGCCAACGGCCAACUCCUCCAAUGCCCCUGGGGCGGCUCUGCUGAAGAUGUUUGGUGUCUCUCCUGAAGACAAGCAGGCGGCUCUUUUGCGACCCACUGAAGUGUACUGGGACUUGGACAUCCAGACCAACGCCGUGAUCAAGCAGAGGGCACCCUCGGAGGUGCUGAGCCCCCACCCGGAAGUGGAGCUCCUCCGGUCCCAGCUGAUGCUGAAGCUGCGCCAGCAUUACCGGGAGCUCUGCCAGCAGCGAGAGGGGAUCGAACCUCCGCGGGAAUCCUUCAACCGCUGGAUGCUGGAGCGAAAAGUGGUGGACAGAGGGACGGAUCCUUUGCUGCCGAGCAACUGUGAACCGGUCGUGUCUCCUUCCAUGUUCAGAGAAAUCAUGAAUGACAUUCCCAUCAGAUUGUCCCGCAUCAAGUUCCGGGAGGAAGCCAAGCGGCUGCUCUUCAAAUACGCUGAGGCUGCAAAGAGGCUCAUUGAGUCCAGGAGUGCCUCCCCAGACAGCAGGAAGGUGGUGAAGUGGAACGUGGAGGACACCUUCAGCUGGCUGCGACGGGACCACUCCGCCUCAAAGGAAGACUACAUGGACCGCCUGGAGCACCUGCGCAAGCAGUGUGGGCCCCACGUGUCGGCGGCAGCCAAGGACUCGGUGGAGGGCAUUUGCAGCAAGAUCUACCACAUCUCUCUGGAGUACGUCAAGCGCAUUCGUGAGAAGCACCUGGCCAUCCUCAAGGAGCACAACAUCUCUGCGGAGGCAGAGACUCCAGAGGUGCAAGAGCGGCUCGUCUACUGCUACCCAGUGAGGCUGGCCGCCCCUUCCCCCCCGCUGCCGAACGUGGAUUUCCACGUGGAGAACAACGUGGUGUGCGUCCGCUACAAGGGAGAGAUGGUGAAAGUCAGCCGCAGCUACUUCAGCAAGCUGUGGCUGCUUUAUCGCUACAGCUGCAUCGACGACUCAGCCUUGGAGCGCUUUCUGCCGAGAGUGUGGUGCCUCCUCCGCAGAUACCAGAUGAUGUUUGGCACCGGGCUCUAUGAGGGGACCGGCCUGCAGGGGGCGCUCCCGGUGCACGUCUUCGAAGCCCUGCACAAGCUCUUUGGGGUGAGCUUUGAGUGCUUUGCCUCCCCCUUGAACUGCUACUUCAAGCAGUAUUGCUCGGCCUUUCUGGACACGGACGGCUACUUCGGCUCAAGGGGUCCCUGCCUGGAUUUCUUCCCCAUCAGUGGCUCGUUUGAGGCAAACCCUCCAUUCUGUGAGGAGCUGAUGGAUGCCAUGGUGUCCCACUUUGAGAAGCUGCUGGAGGCCUCCAAUGAGCCCCUGUCCUUCAUCGUCUUCAUCCCAGAGUGGCGGGACCCUCCGACCCCGGCCCUCACGCGCAUGGAGCAGAGCCGCUUCAAGCGCCACCAGCUCAUCCUGCCCGCCUUCGACCACGAGUAUCGCAGCGGCUCCCAGCACGUCUGCAAAAAGGAGGAGAUGUACUACAAAGCUGUGCACAACACUGCUGUCCUCUUCCUGCAAAACAACUCUGGCUUCUCCAAGUGGGAGCCCAGCGCAGAGCGACUGCAGGAGCUCGUCACGGCCUAUAAGCACUCGGGGCGGACCCUGACUUCGUCUGCCUCCUCCUCCUCCUCGUCCUCCUCUUCAGCUUCAGAGAAGGAAAGAGAGACAGUUCAGGACCAGAGCACCAGCCGGGAGACAACCCCGAACUAGUGCACUCAUGGCUGGGCUGUCGGGCAGCGGUGGUGGGAGAGGACUGUGCUCCCAAGGGAGGGGGAGGGGGCUGGCCCCACACUGCUGGAGGCGGGGGAUCAGCUCCUCCACAACUUCUGCCUUCCUCUCCAGCCCUGCAGGCCCUUCCUCCUCCCUCCCUGGGGGGGGGCGUUCCUCUGCCCCUGUAUGCUCCACCCAGCAGCAGGACCGGCUCCUGGCCACCUUGAGGUGCGCUGGGCGAGGAGGUGCCUGCCGCCCAUGUUGUAGCUCCCCCACGGAUCCCACUGGAGCCGGAGCAGGUGGGACGGACUGCGGGGUGAGGGCCUGGCUGCCUGGCCUGCCAUGUUGGAGGCCAAGGGGUGGCCCAGUGCUGCAGCUGGACGUGGACAGCCUUUGCGAGGGGAAAGGAGCACGAACGGAGGGAAGCUGGCGGCGCCAUGCCCUGCGGUGUUCUUUGCACUGCUCCAGCCGUGUGUCUAUACUGUAAAUACAUGUCCGUGUGGCGGCUCCGUGCGCCAAAAGGCCAUGCUGCCACCUCCCCUCUCUUUUCCCCCAGCUGUACCAGUUGCGUGUUUUCACCGAAGCUGUUUACUGUAACCUGUGGGGCGAGGCCCGCCCCCCUUUGUGUGUGUACAGAGGUCCUGGCUGCCAUUUUUGUAGUCGUCGCAGUUUUUAUCCGAGGCUCCGGGCUUUCUUGGAGACCAGCAGAGGGGUUUUGUGUUUUUUAAAGGAUUUUAAUUUAACAGUGCUAACCAUUUUAUUACUUUUAUCAAAAGAGCAAAGGAAAAGUCUAUUUUUGAUUUUGUUUCCCAGUUCUUAGGAACAUUAAAACCAGCAUCACGGUGCCCUCCCCCCCCCUCCCAAGGCCUUGGCUGCUUUUCCUAUGUUAGGUUGAGUUGGAGAAAGUUAGCUCACAAGGUGCUGAUCCUGUAGAGUUGAAACCACAGGAAGCUUGGAAAAGGUGUGUCUUGUGCCUACUGGGUGAGAGGGCAAGCCGUAUCUUCUUCCUGCUCCUCCUGCUCAGCUGAUUUUGUAGAAAAGACAAGAGUGUGGAUGUUGGUGUAACUGACACUAACAAACUAAGUGGCUCAAUACACAAGAUCUCUUUCAGUCUCUUUCACAUGCAAAGGUUGCUAAUGUCUCCUCCUCUGCUCAGCUUCUUCUCCAGCAGCUGCAUCCAGCAGCAAUAAGUUUGGGAAGGUUUUGUUUUGCUCUUUGCUUGAACCAUUGGAACCUGUUAGUGGGCAGCCACUCAAGCCCUGCUUGGAGAUUGCUAGACGGAAGACUUGUUGCCUGCAAAAAUAAUUUGAAAGCAAAUGUCAAGCCCUGGGCUUUGUGACAGUCUAGAGCAGUCGGGUGCUUCCCUCUGAAGGCAUGCCCUGACUUUUGGCAUGUUUUUGCAAGGCGGCAAAUUUUUCUUUUCAGCCAGCUGCUCCCCGGAUACGAAAGAACCCUUGCCCCCCCCCCCCAAAUGCUGGAAAUAGAAUCCUGGCUGCACCAGAGGUGCUUCAGGGCAGGGGGGGGUUAUAGCCUCCCAUCCCACCUCUUUCACUUUGGUGUAGUCAUAGUAUCAUAGAAUCGUAGAGUUGGAAGCGCCUCUGAGGGUCAUUUAGUCCAACCCCCUGCAAUGCGGGAAUCUCAACUAAAGCAUCAAGACAGGUGGCCAUCCAACUUCUGCUUUAUUUUUUAUGAAGUUUUACAUUUUUAUAUUCAACACAAAUAAUCAUGAUCACAAAAAACCAUAUGCAAAUCCCAGUCUCCCCCACCCCCACCCCUGAUUUCCCUCAACUUCCUCUUCUGGUUAUUUAAAUAUUCGUUUCUUCUGCUUAUUUUAUUCUCCCUUAAUUUGUAAUCUUUUAGCUAAAUAUUAUUGCAUUCACAUCAUUUCCCCCAAAUUACAUCUUAUGCUAUAUUAUUUUCCCAAUUAUUGCCUCUUAACCUUUUGCUUAUUUUCUCAAUUUUAAGUGUUUAGUUUUAGUCAAACCCUACUAGUGAGUCUACUUCUUUACAGUGUUUCUGGAAUUCCUGGCAGUAUCUUCUCCCCCGUCUUUUGAAGCAUGUCCAUAAAUUUAAAUCCAAUUAUUCCUCUUAAAUUAUGGAGAUCGCGCUCGAACAGGGUGGCCUCCGGGAGUUCCAGCCCCCGUGGUUUGCUCGGCCCAGGCCCCCACCCCUUGAAAGAUCGGGGUGGGUUAAGGGGCAUCUGCGGGCCAGCGGCCCCUUCCGUCAUCCCGGGUGGGUGGGGAGGCUGCUUUACUCCCCUAGCAGCCGCCAGAUUCCCCCAUGGGGGUCGGAGAGAUGGUAAAGGUCAGCCAUACUCCCGACGAGCGAAACUGGAAGUGUUGUUGUCUUUCUAUUUUGGGAGUAGUAAUAUCCUAGCCGCUGUUGUAGUGUACAUGAAUGGUUUCUUCCACUCUUUUGGCAAGUCUUGGCCUGUAAUGCCUAGCAAGAAAUCUGGUCUUUUAACAAAAGUUAUCUUAAACAUUUUUUCAUUUCAUUGUAAAUCUUUUCCCAAUAGCUUUUGAUUACUGUACUUUACAAGUCCACUACGUGAUAAAACAUGCCUUCCUUCUCUUUACACUUCCAACACUUAUUGGAGCUUAUUCUAUACAUUUUUGCCAUUUUUACAGGAAUAAUAUACCAUCUAUACAUCAUUUUCAUGUAAUUCUCUUUAAGAGCUAUACAAUCAGUGAAUUUUAACUUCACUUUCCAUUGCUUUUCCCAAUCUUCCAUUUGUAUGUUAUGUCCUAAAUCUUGAGCCCAUUUAAUCAUUACACAUUUAACCUCUCUGUCUGGUUUCCCACUCUUAACAGUAGACUAUACAUCUUCUUCAGUGUUUUUGUGUUAUCAUCAAUAAUUUCUCUUUGAAAUCUGGAUCAAGUAUAGCUAAACCCUUUCUUACUAUCUUCUUUAAAUAUCUCAUUUAAUUGAUAACACUGCAGACAAUCAUUUACAUAUUCUCGAAUAUCCUCAAGCUCUUUCAAUUUUAAUUUCCCUUCUGUUUUCUAUUAAAAGAUCUCUAUAUGCAGGCUGGGAUGCAGGUGGCGCUGUGGGUUAAACCACUGAGCCUAGGGCUUGCCGAUCAUAAGGUUGGCAGUUUGAAUCCCCGUGACGGGGUGAGCUUCCGUUGCUCGGUCCCAGCUCCUGCCAACCUAGCAAUUUGAAAGCACGUCAAAGUGCAAGUAGAUAAAUAGGUACCGCUACAGCGGGAAGGUAAACGGCAUUUCCGUGCACUGCUCUGGUUCGCCAGAAGCGGCUUUGUCAUGCUGGCCACAUGACUUGGAAGCUGUACGCCGGCUCCCUCGGCCAGUAAAGCGAGAUGAGCGCCACAACCCCAGAGUCGGUCACAACUGGACCGAAUGGUAUGGGGUCCCUUUACCUUUUAUAUGUAGGCCAUUUUUCUUUCUUGUUUGUUGUUGUUGUUUAGUCGUUUAGUCAUGUCCGACUCUUCGUGACCCCAUGGACCAUAGCACGCCAGGAACUCCUGUCUUGCACUGCCUCCCGCAGUUUGGUCAAACUCAUGUUCGUAGCUUCGAGAACACUGUCCAACCAUCUUGUCCUCUGCCGUCCCCUUCUCCUUGUGCCCUCAAUCUUUCCCAACAUCAGGGUCUUUUCCAGGGAGUCUUCUCUUCUCAUGAGGUGGCCAAAGUAUUUCUUGUUUACUUUUCUUAUUGAUGUUGCUUCCAUUGGUGACAGCCACCGCGGGGUCUUCUGUUCCAAUAGAUCUUUAUAUCUUUCCCAAUCUUUUAAAAGUGAUCUCCUAAUUAAAUGGUUAUAAAAUCCUUCAUGUACCAGUACUUCCCCUUUGUCAUACCACAAAUACGCAUGCCACCCAACUUCAGCUUUGAAACCUCCAAGGAAGGAGAGUCAACCACCUUCCGAGGGAGUCCAUUCCACUGUCCAGCAGCUCUUACUGUCGGAAAGUUCUUCCUGUUGUUAGGCGGAAUCUCCUUUCUUGUAACUUGAAGACAUUGGUUGGAGUCCUCCCCUCCAGAGCAGAAGAGAGGAAGCUUGCUCCACAUGUGGGAAGUGGGGAUGUUGUGGAAAGGAGCCAUGAGGUCUUAUGAAGAUGCGGGAAGUAAUUUCCUGUUGAGUUUAUGGCGGUGGUGCUUCCUCUGUGUGGCAGCCCUGAAGAUACUUGAAGGUGAACAUCAUGUCUCGGUGUCUUCCAGGCUCAACAUGCCCACCUCCCUCGACUGUUCCUUAUCGAGCAUGCUUUCCGGACCCCUUUACCAUUUUGGUUGCCCUCUGCACACAUUCCAGCGUGUCAAUAUACUUGUUAAAUUGUGGUGCCCUGAAGUGGGUCCCUUUCAACUCUUACCAUUCUAUGAUCCUAAGUGGGCACGAAACUCUGAGGACGGGGGCCUGACCAAGGCAGAAUGGUUAAGUCCAGUCAAAGGCGACUACAGGGUUGCUGCACUCAUCUCGCUUUCAGGCCGAGGGGAGCUGGUGUUUGUCCACAGACAGCUUUCCGGGUUACGUGGUCAGCAGAACUAAACCUCUUCUGGCGCAACGGGACACCAUGAUGGAAACCAGAGCACAGGGAAAUGCCGUUUAGUUUCCCGCCACAGCGAUACCUAUUUAUCUACUCGCGCUGGUAUGAUUUUGAACAGAGCAGUCCAGACCACGGUUGCUGCACUUCCAGCGCAACCUUGGUCUGCCCAGCUGUGCCUUCGUGUGAAUUGCUUAUCGCAUCCUUUCUCCAAAGACAUCGCGAUGGUCUGGGCUUAUUCUGACUUCAUGAGAACCUGGAGGGGGAGAGAAUGGCCAAAGGCUGUGUCUGAUGAGCCUGAGCCCAGCUUCCGCAUUCCCUGUGCCACCCUUGCCCCUCCCCCUAGGAUUGAUUGAGGCCACCCAAGGGUCAUCUAGCGCAACCCCUUGCAAUGCAGGCAUCACAGCUGAAGAAUUCCCCACCAAGUGGCCCCAGCCUCUGCUGAAAAACCUCCAAGGGUGGAGAAUCCACCGGAUUCUGAGGGAGUCAGUUCCACAAUGGGGAGGAGCACAGAGUGUGCCCGAAGUGUAAUGCAGUAUAAAUUGGGUAAAUAAAUAGCCAAGGACCAUCCAGUUUUGUUUGGUGUGGAGGUUGCAGGCCACAUAGGAAAUAAGAAUUUUGUGUUCUUAUAUCACCUAUAUUUCAGAAAUCAUUUUAUCUACGGUGUAAACCGAAUGCAACGAUGACUGGGCAUAUGUGUGGCCUAAUUCCAUAGGCUGCAGAAAUGCAAGUUCAUGUGCACCUCUGCUUCCAUUUUAUUUAUAAAGCAAGUUACUAGCCCUUAGUAUGCCUGCAGAAACCUGUCAGAUGGGUGGUAAAACCUGCAGGAGCUUCAGGAGCCAGAGAAGUUCCUGAAUAAUACUGGGGGGGGGGGGUGGAAUGAGCAUCCUUCCUCCAUGACUAACCAAAGGAUACCAAAUGCCAGAAACUGGAAUAAAUUAGGAAAAUAAGAAAUGACGCAAGUGGGAAAUGAUGCAAGCGCAGAAUGAUUUUGUUUUGCAAAGGGUCCUCGCAUCAAUGGGUUUGCACAUGGGGGAUGGAGAGGGAGCCAUUGUCCACCUUCGCAGGGUUGUUGUUCCCUUGCUCCCUUGUCAGCUACGACCUGCCUCUCCCCCAUUUUCACUGAAAGCUAAUGGUUGUUGACUGAUAGUUGUGCAAUCCUUCUUUGGAGGCCCAGAAGCAGCUAGUCAUCUUUGCUACGUCUCUGUGGUGAAUUCCUUGAGUAUGUGAAGGACUCCCUCUUGUCUAGCCUGAGUCUGGCAUCUUCUCAAUUUCAUUUUGAGUAAAACUCCCUGAACCCUUCCUUAAUUUUAUAUCUCUCUUGGGCACUUCUUGACAGAUUGGCUCCCACAAGAAGAUCCUGGUUUGUUGGUUUGGUUCUUUUAUUCUCCUCCAUUUACAUUCUGAUUCCCUUCCAAGGAACCCAAGGUUCCUUGCAUGCAUCCUCACUCCAGUUUCCUUUCCUCACAACAACCCUGUGAGCAGGGGUGGCCUGUCCUGUUGGCUACCUGAGUUGAAACAAAUGUGUUGCCCCAUGAACCCCCUUCUGCCACUGGUGGAAUGCCCCCCCUGCAUUCGGCAAGAGCUGGGGUGCCGCCUCAUGCCCUUCUGCCGCCUGAGACUGGUGCUUCACCCUGCCUAAUAAGUGGGCCGGCUCUGCUGUGAGACUGGGGGGGCUGGGGGGGGGGAAACAGCCAAGGUCACCCAGGAAGCUUCAGGACGCAAGUGAGGACUUCAACUCUGGUCUUCCUGACCCAACAUCCUGGCCACGACUUCCCACUGACUCUCAAGAUCAAAUCACCCACAUAUCUCUAUUUUGAUUUUCUCUGUGUGUGCGUAUGUAGGUACAGACAAAUAUAUUGUGGUACCGUACCUAUUGUACCUAGAAACCAGUGGAUGUAAGUUGCCAUGACUAUUUGCUUCAGUGGGUUGAUGGUGCAAUCUGAAAGAGGUCUGAUAGGAAGCAAGUCCUGUUGACUUCAAUGGGGCCCAAUCCCAGGUAAGUAGCACGAGGCUUGCAACUUUAGGUGCUCCCUAUAAUUGGCAAGAGAUUAGAGGGGGGUGCUAUCUUGGAUAAUAAUGAGAGAAGGUGCUGGGGUGUUUUUUUUUGGGGGGGGGGAGUAUUUUCUCUGGCGUCUUCAAGCAUCCUCUCUUACCACCCAACCCCUUUCAGAGGGUCUCCUACCUUUCCUCUGAGGCGCUCAGAAUCAGGAGGGUGCCCGUGGCUCGCUCCCCCGACCUGCAAUAUUUCCUGCACCAACCCAAAGGUAGGGCAAGCAGAGAGUGGCCCGAGGGCCCCCAGGCGCUCCACGCCCGAAGGAGCGCAACGGCGGGCAUCGCCACCAUGGCGCCCUGAUCAUUCUCACGACGGCGAAGCGGGACAUCCAAGGCCGCGAUCGCAUCUUCUGCGUCGCCUCUCCCCUCCCCAAGCAACGGGGGCCUCUGGGGGAAAGGAUGGGGUGCGGUAGGUCGGCGGGACCCCAGCUG